UCACGCUGGGAAGGUGGCAGUUUAUCAGAAGGUACACAUUCAUACACAGGGCAAUUUACAGAUGCCGGUUUGCCAAACAGCAUGUUUUUGGACGGCAGGAGGAAGCCAAAGUACAGUAUUCAGUGAAUGUGUAAUUUAAAUCAUAAAAUACACUGCAUCGCAAGAGCAGCGAAGGACGAAUACACUGGCUUACCGGGAAGAACACGCUCUUUUGUUGCAGUCCUUACAAGGACCAUUAAGGGAACCCAAUAAACUCUAAAUUAUACGUACUCGAGAAACAGGGAGGUCAGACGCUGAACUGUAAGGUACACGAAGAUUUAUACAAAGCGAAGGACAUGCGAGGAUCGGAGAGGGUGCACAUAAGAAACGGACAAACAUACACGACACAAUCUAAUAAACUAAUAACAACAACAGUACAACACCAGGCUAUUUACAGUGCACAGAGAGGGGCUAUUUGCAGUUGCCCGCGAGCAUGUUGGGAUAUACAAAUCCCACCGCACUGCAAUAUUAUCACCUACAGCCAACACAGUAACACCCACACUAAAAAAAAAAAAAAAAUAUGACACUUGGGCGAGUACAAGCAGGUACGGCAAAUAGGUGGGUGGACGGAUAAAACGAAGAUAUCGGUUUAGAUUAAUGAUCUGUCCAUGGUGCUGAAAUAUUACAGCGCGUUUAAAUAUUUCAUACAUUUAAAGCAAAACUAACAGUUAGCUUUGCUUACAUAUCAGACCAGAUAAGUAUAACUAUACAUUUUGAGGACACAGUCUUAUCCCUGUUAAUGGUGUCGUUUGUUAAAUUACUUAAAGCAAAUGCUGCUUAGAUAUAUAUUGUAACGUCAAUUCUGGCACAUUGAUCAGCGGUGCUACAACUGGUCUCCUUCCUAGGACCUCGUCAGACAACUUUUUUCUGGUCUUACCACUAUUAAAUUUCAGUGAUUCAGUGUUUCUUGCCUGAAAAUACAUGAGGUCGGGUACUUCCAAGAAUAGCCCACAAAAGAACAGACAACUUGAAAUUAAUGAUGGAUGGCAUUGCCGUGCGACAUCAAUCACUGCUUGGUUUAGCUCAGUGCCACGCAAAAACAAAAUCCAGGGGGAUGAAAAAUAAUCAGUGACAGAAAGCCCAGCAACAUCGCCCCCAAGCUGUUACCAGCAUUAUGUGCUGCGCUUCAACCUCCGUGCUAAAAGGGGGCGACAUAUAAAAACGAAAAUAAAUACAACAGAAGCUUGAGAUGGUUUUAUCUUGCCGGUGCAGCAAAGUGUCUGCGAUAAUACCGGUAUGCUAGAAUAAUGAAACGACAUAAUCACGGAAAUAGUAGGGAAAUAACGUCAAAACCCGAUUAAUUUAAAAUAGAAUAAUAAUCUCUCCAUUUUUAUUGCAGCCAGCUUGAAUGUCCAAGCCGCGUGUCUGUGUCAGACGCUGAAAAGCGACAAGGGUAGAGGCGUGGUUCACAGUUACAGCGGCUUGCAAACGAGAUCAAGCAGGAUGUUCAGUCCUCACCAGCAGCAGCAGCAUCUACGGCAGCUCCAGCAAUUAUUCCAGCAGCACCCGCCGCCUCCACAGGGGGUGCCGUCGCAUCACGUCCCACAUCAGCACCAGGGAGGCCGGACCAGCAGGCCGCUGGCUGUCCCAGUGCCUCCACCACCACCCCCGGUCCGAGUGGUCAGCCUGGGCCACGUCCCCCCAGCUGCCAUCAUCGCCCCAAAUCCUAUGCUACAGGGGGCUUUGCUGAUGCAGCAGGUCCAAGGUAACAUACGGGGGUUUGCGAUAGGAGGACACCAAUUCCCACAAUUCUUCCCAGCGGGGGCGAGACCCUCCCUCCUUGGGCCAGUUUCACUGGCUGUCGCCAACAAGACCCCCCUGGCGGGAUUCCCUGCCCGUACCGCGCACCCCCACACUCGCUACCGCAGCAAUGACUUUGUGGCACGACAGAUGGAGAGGAUGCGUGAGAGUGAGCAGCCAGCGGCGAGGGUAGCUGGCACAGACGAGGGCGCUGUAGACAGGGCCGUCUGCAGAGAGGAGGUGGUGGCAGUACAGGGAGCACAGACACAGCUCUCGCCACGGCAACAGGAAGAGCCUCCCGCGAAGAAGCAGAGGAGCGAAAGGCCUGAGGAGCAGGCAGAUCAACCCCCACGGCCCGGAGCUGACCCAGUAGCAGAUGCAAGAGCCCCGUGGAAGUCUGCAAUCCCAGAGGUGCGUGCCGUGGACAGCGUCUGUAGAGGAACUCUGGCUGAGGGAGGAAGCACAGCUGGACCAGAGUCCGUGGAAGAGAGCAAAGCGGCAGGGGUGCUUAGCGGAGCAGCAUCCCAUGACCCUGUCUUACAGCCAGAUAACGAGAGCCGUGCGUUUGCCGCAGGGCCAGGGGCGCCCCCGGUGGCCAAAGAGGGCACAGCGCUCCUCGCGAAAGCCCUAGAUGAGAACAGGGACACGGGUGGAGACGCCUCCAGGAGCCUCUUCUGUUAUAUCUGCAGCAUCGCCUGCCUCACCCAGCAGAGCUUCCGGAGUCACAUGACCGGCCUGACUCACCAGCGGCGCAUGAUGGAGAUCCAGCAUGCGAGCAGCGCCUGCCUGGUGACUCUGCUGCCCCACGUCCAGGAGUCGCUGCUGGGGAUGUGCGGAGAAGGGGAGGGAAAACCAUUCCUGAAGAGAUGGCGCUCCACAUGCCAGGUCCACCUCGCUAGCAACCUCGCCAGUCGCUCCGCCUGCCUCUCCUGCACCGUCUGCAGAUUGCGUUUCCAAACUCCUUACAGGUUUAUGAAGCACAUGGAGUCACUGGACCACCAGCAGAGGAUGCUGGCGCUGCAUGAGGAGGGCGGAGCCAGCUGCUUGGCUGACGGUGCUGAGGGACCCGUAGAGGAAGACUAUGAGGGAGAGGCUGGUGAAGAUGAAGAUGAAGGCAGCUUCCACAGCCAGGAAGGAAUCAAUUCUGAAAAAGAGGUUAUACUAGAAGAUAUGGGUGACAAUGAAGAAUAUGACCAAGACACGCAGUAUGGGCCCAGCUUCAUGGUGCCGGUGUCGGGCUUCCUCUGCCGCCUGUGUCGCAAAUUUUACGACUUUAACUCCAAGGCCUGGUCGUCCCACUGCAAGUCUCAAAGACACUUCAAGAACGUGCAGAAAUACAGAGGCCUGAGGCAGAUCGCGUCCAGUAGGACACCAAACGACAGCCAUCACCUGGGCGACCGAGAAGCAGCCAAUAGCACAAAGAGCAGUGUGAACCGAGACCUGGAUGGGGGUGACAACACCAGCAUGCGCUCUGAUAGGCUGCUCUCUGGCCACACCCACCCCUGCUCCUGACUUGUGCGCUCAAAUAGCUUGAAGGUGAGGGCUGCAGGGACACCCUGCAGCUGAGUUCCAUGGCUGCAGGCAGGCUCUUCCAGGAUGGUGAUGGACCCAAAAACUCCCCACCCAACCCCCUAGAAUAGAAGGAUGGAUGGGUGAGGAGGUAAAACUCCCUCCUGCGGCCUCCCACAGAGUUGGAAGCGGGAGCAGCGAGGGCGUGCUGUGAUGCUAACGGAACAUUUUAGAGUGUAGUUGCGCGGAACCCAAGAGAACCCUUUAAGAAUUACUGACGCACAUGCUAGGUGGGGCGUUUAGGCAUGACGCAUCCCCCAGUGAGCCAGAUCCUCUUGUAUGACCAAAAUUCAGUUGAUUUAAUUCAUUAGCCAUUUUGGCAUGUAGCUCUUGCAUAUUUUUUUUGUGCUGAUGGAUAUAACUGUGUUUCUGUAUCAAGCUGCUGUAGGGGGCGGAGCCCCUGUACUCUGGGGUAAACAGAAGUAUCUGCACUGAUCACCGUCACUCUGUACAGUUACCAAGGCACUAUUUCACAUUACUGAUGGUAUAUGCACUUACAGAUUAUGAUUCGCUACGGUUGUGUGGAGUAACAUGCCGGUCUAGACCAUCUGCUGUGCUGUGGUCACCAUUUAAUGCAUGAAUGCUGGAAAAAGCUGCAGUGAUCGCGUACGCAUCAAGCUUGCUGUGUGAAAUCUACAAGCCAGGUGUUGCUUUGUAAUUUUUUAACACCCAUUUCUGGAACUUGAGGUACUCAGAAUUCUAAAAAAAAUGAACACAUGUCUUUAGACAAGUUCCACGAACAACAAGGAUAUAUACCAGUAUUAAAAUGAUUUACCGGUCAUCAUGAAUACACAAUGUGGGAUAACAAAUGUACCAGGACAUCAAAUGCGGUGGUACGAGCACCAAGAACUAUAUAUUCAACCAUUAACCCAGGUAACCUCUAACAGCAAUAUCGAAGUAGAAAAUUACCUUUUUCAGAAUUAGUCUUGAUCAUUCUGAGCUGCCCCUGCCCUGACUGUGGACAAUAUUCUAGUUCCCCAUUAGCUUUGAAUCUUUCCAUUUUGUUGUACCUAAUAUACACACCGGAGGUCAUCAUGGCUCACAGAAUGGAUCUAUUUCUAGAACAGCUAUAACCACACAGCCAAGGACAGGAAUGUGCCAUCAGGUUGUUGUUUAAAUCCACUGAAGCUUAAGAGUAUGAUCUAGUAUGGAAAUGUCCAAAUAGGGCAUCGUUACUCAAUGAAGAUGGAAAUGGAAAGUGAACCUACAAGGAUAUAAAGGUACUUCUUUCCUUGGGUAGCAGUAAGUUUAACAGUUUUGUUUGUUAUACGACAGAAUGUUUAACUGAACAAUCAGGCUGCGUACAGAGCUCCCAUAGUGAAGUAUGCAAGGAUUCAAGGGUAAAUCUGCCUUAAGCUCUAAUCACACAUCACUGG